AAUGCUCCUUCAAUAAAAAGUUUGUUAAAGAAAAGCAUCUUUAUAUGCUUCUUUUUAGUUUGUUGCUUCUCCAUCAUUUCCUCUGAGAGCUGACAGUCCCACCCCACCCCACCCCCUCAAUUCCUUUAUUUGAUUCUAGUUUACUCCAAUCCAGUACGCAGAAUUUCGUUUUGACUCCUCAUUUCUGUUCUUCCUCGGAGGCAGUACAGACGCCUCUCAAUGUUCGAAUCGGAUUCUGAUUCUGCAGUGGAAAGCCAGCUCUUCGUAAUUUUUGUUUAAUCAUGGCGGAGAGUAAUGGAGCUGGAGCAAUGCAUCAUCAGGUUGUUCGAGAAGAUGAGAGUAAUAGUGGUAGUACCGUUCAUGGCAACUGUGAUCAGGUUUUUGAUCGACAAGAAGCCCCCUUGAUGCAGCCCAAACGGCCAAACCUCCCGUCAUUAGAAAUACCGUUGCGGUCGUUGGAGAAUACGCUGUCUGAUUUCACAAGAAUAGAUAUCCCAAGUCCCGGUUCCGCCAGAUCCGGGCUUCCGCCACGACCGAAUUCCGCAAAGCUGAAAUCAUCCGUCAAGAACUUGUUGCCGCAAAAGAGCUUGAGGAGUAAAAACCAAUCUCAGGAAGCCGAGAAAACGGUUCUUAUCAUCCCGGACGUGCCCCUUUCGGACAAGCCGUCGACGUCGAGAUCUUUCUCGUUGAACAAAAUGUUGUUCUCAUCAUCGACGAAAUCGACGCAUUCGUUACCCGUGACGCCUAUGGGCAAUGCUGAUCCGAAGCCUGCUCAGGAGCACCGUUCGGAUUUCCCAUCAAAUAUUCCGAAGACUGAUGUGAAAAAGUUCAUGGCGCGAUCGUUAUCAGUUCCCGUUAACGUCAAAACCCGAAGCUUGAGACGGAUGGACUCGUCGGGAGGUUUGAUACGAGUGAUAUCGACAAGCUAUCGGUCAACAAUUGCCGAAAAUUCCCCCUCGGACAUAUCUCCCGCUACCGAAGCUGGCAUGGACGAUUCCGAGGAAGAAGACAUUCCCGAAGAAGAAGCCGUAUGUCGAAUCUGUUUAGUCGAGCUCGGAGAAGGCGGCGAAACGUUAAAAAUGGAGUGCAGCUGCAAAGGAGAGCUCGCCCUCGCCCACAAGGAGUGCGCCGUAAAGUGGUUCAGCAUCAAAGGUAAUAAAACGUGCGACGUUUGCAAACAGGAUGUCCGGAACCUUCCGGUAACAUUAUUGAGGAUACAAAACACGCCUAACGUAACGCGAAGAUCAACGACCGGGCAACAGCAACGAGAAGUGACUCGUUACCGUGUAUGGCAGGACGUCCCGGUUCUUGUCAUGGUCAGCAUGCUCGCCUACUUCUGCUUUCUCGAGCAGCUUUUGGUAUCCGACAUGGGACCUCGGGCGCUCGCCAUCUCGUUGCCGUUUUCUUGCGGGUUAGGUCUCCUCUCGGCGAUGAUUGCGUCUACAAUGGUGAGCAAGAGUUACAUAUGGGCUUAUGCGUCGUUCCAAUUUGCGAUCGUGAUUUUGUUCGCCCACAUAUUUUAUACCGUCCUAAACGUAAAUGCGGUUCUCUCCGUGCUCCUAUCGUCGUUCACGGGAUUUGGGAUUGCGAUCAGCACCAACUCGCUUCUCGUGGAGUAUCUGAGAUGGAGGUCGAGCCGUCAUUCUCAGCACCAAAUAAACAGUGCGGCGGCUUUGCCAUCACCGCACCACCACCACCACCACCAGCGGCACCACCCACACAGUAAUAAUCAAGCUGCCGCGACGGCGGCGGGAUCCGCCGAAGACGCGGGACGUCGAGAGCAGCAGGUGCAGAACACGUAGAAGGGAGAGCGUUGAAUGAUGAUCGAUUACACGAAAAUGUUAAGCUGAAUGUUUUGGUUUAAGGAAGCUGAGAUGCUAUAGGAUGUUAUGUAGAUUUGGGUUUGAAAAUAUCAGAGCCACUUUUGUGCGAUAUUUUAGCAUGCAUGUAGCAACGUUUGUCUAUUUCGUUACUACAAUCCCACACGCUUUCUAUAAAAAAAAAAUAGGCCCGUAAGGGAUGAUUUGACUGUUUAGCAUUGCAUUGAAUUUGUGUUCGUGAAAGUAUUAGGUUUGACCGAGGAUGUAAUCCGUGCACACUUUCAACAACGGAAUGGAAUAGUUUUUAUUCUCAA